AUGGAAUCAUUUUACUAUAAAUCCAGUGCUAUAGCUAAAUGCUCUUAUUGUGGCCACGAACUUAGUUACAGUGGUGGUUCUACGAGUAAUCUUUUACGACACCUUAAAACCAAACAUAUAACUGUGCCACUAACAAAACCAUUGAGGAAUCAGAACAACCUUUCAUCUGACAAUGAAGAAUAUAUUGAUGAUCCAUCCAGCAUUCCAUCCGCAGCCACUACCAGCACAUCUGCAAAUACAGCUUCUUCUACAGUUCUACCUGAAACGGUAAGUCUUUCAACGUCAAAUCAAAGUAGGCAAAGUACCAUUACACAGUUCGUUAGUAAACCUAUUUUGCUCUCAAAAUCAAAGGCUAUUGACUUACAAAUCUCAAAAUGUAUCAUAAAACGUUUCCAUGCCUUUUCAUUGGUCGAAGAAACAGAAUUUUAG